AGCCUCUUGGCGCAAGGGGUCAAUCACGCCAUCUUGGGCGGGGGACGCUGCGGCGCGCGCCUUGUCCGUGGGCGUGUCCCGCGCAGCAGCAGCCGCCGAUGCAGGGUGCCGUGCAGCUCGCGGCCCUGAGCGGGGCCGCGGUGCAGCAGCUGCAGUGCGGCGUCUGCGGCAGGGUCUUCGGCAUCGCCUCGGGGGCCGCGCAGUUCCAGUGCCCCUUCUGCCAGGAACCCGCGCGGGGCUCCGAAAGCGUACGUUUGUGCACUUCGCUGCUUCCUCUGGCGCAGCAGACGAUGGCCGCGCCGACGGGCGGGCCCGCGCAUCUGCAGCAGAUGAUGGGCGGGCCCCCGCAGCAGCAGCAGAUGAUGGCCGCGCCCAUGAUGCAGGGCUGCGUCGGCGCGGCCCCGCCGCAGCUGGUGCAGGUGGACCCCUUCCGGUACUCCGCACCUUGCAGCAGGUGAAGAUAGAGGAGAAGAUGAACGUUCUGGAGACUGCAGUGGGGCUGCUGGGCGAGCUCACCGGCACGGACGUCCAGCUGGAGAUGGCCAACAAGUACGUCGUCAAGACGAUGCAGGGGCAUAACCUUUUCUUUGCCGUGGACCAGACGGACUUCUGCAACCGCCAGUGCGGCGGCGACUGCCGCGGUAUCGACGUCGACGUCGUCUCACUGGGUCAGGAUCCAAAGCUUUCACAACAGGCAGAAGGGCAAUUCGAUUGGAGUUUCAACCCAUUUGGGAGCGUUGACCUCUCCAAUUCCCAGAAGUUUUUCCAUCUGCACAAGGAUUGUCAGUUCACUUGCUGUUGCUUCAACAGGCCUGUCAUCGAUGUGGUCAAUUCGGCCACUGGUCAAACGUUGGGUAGUAUCACGGAUCCGUGGGCAUGUUGUGACAUGACGUUCAAUCUCUUGGACGCGAACGGUCAACCGACAUUGACAGCAAAAGGAGGAUGUUGCCAGCUCGGCUUGAUCUGCCCUUGUCCGUGCGGGCCGUGCAGCGAAGUGCACUUCACCGUGAAUGAUGCGAGCACUGGUGCAGAAGUGGCGAGCAUGAAGAAGGUCGUGCCUGGUUUUCUCAAGUUCAUGGUUGCCGAUAAUAUCAGCAAUUACGAGAUCGAGUUUGGCCGUAUCAUGAACCCCGAGUGGAAGGCCAUGCUCAUCGCGUUGGGCCUCUUCCUUGACUUCCGGUAUUUCAACGAGCGGAGUGACAAGAAUGAUCAUUCUGAAGACGGCGUUGCUGGAGGAGUGCUGGCCGCUGGUCUGGCUGGUGGAUUGGUCGGGGGCUUGGAAGGGUUGGCUGGUGGCGACGGUGGUGGUUUCGGGGAGUUUGGUGGUUUUGGUGGCGAUGGUGACGAGUAGGACGAUCGAGGCGGGUCGCACGCGCGACCGCGCCACUCAUCAUCUGCUCGGUCACUUGCCGAAAGGGUUGCACGGGCACUGUGUUUUAGGCGGCAACAUCGCGAAAGGUCGCCACGAAGCGUCGCUUUUUUUCCCACGCAGUCGGCCACGUCCUUUGUUGCACCUCUGACGGCUCACGCGUCUUGCCUCCUAGUGACGCAAAGCGAAACAUGCAUCUUGCCUCUCUCGAAUUCUCUCGUCCUGUAUGCCCUUGUCUGUACAGCGCUCCUCCCGCUCCGAGCACGUGUUGAGUGGCUCGUGACCGAGGGCGCGCUUACCGUUCAGAGGCUUCAUAGGUUAGGGCAUGCUGCAUGUUUUCCCACGGCGGGCCAAGUCAUGUUGGGUUGCCGUGCCCGAUAUUGUUUUCCUCCCAGCUUGUCACGACAUGUUCGGCCUCAAAGGGCCGUUGCUCGACAACGGCGACUGGGAGAUGCCAGCCCCCCCGUUCCGAGAGCUCACUGAUGUUGAGAUGGAGGACAUGAUCGGUUAGUCGGUCACGCAGAAGAUAGGGA